CAAGCUUUGUAGUUUUUGCUUCAGUGUUUGCUUAGGCCUGUGGUAGAUCUUGAAUUAAUUUUUUUUUUUUGAUCUAUGAUAUUAGAUAAGGGUCAAAUUUUUUCCCCAUUGAAAAAUGCAUUUCCUUUCUGCAUGGAAUUAUCUGGGUACAUUAAAAAAAAUCAAUGGACUGUAAAUGUGAGUCUGUUUCUGGCUUCUCCAUUGUUUCAUUGACCUGUUUGUCUCUCCUUACACACUAAAACCACGUUGUCUUGAUUACUGUAACUUGAUAGUUUUUCAAGACAGUAAACCAUUGUCUUGAAAUCAGAUGAUGUAAAUCUUUAACCUUGCACUUCUAUAUCAAGAAUUUGCCAACUUUUUGUUGAUGUGUAGAAAUAGAUUUUUGUUUAUUGCCCUGUGUCUUUCAAUUUUGGGGGUGCUUUUUAUUUUAUCUGUCAUGUUAAUUUUUCUUCCCCUAAAUGUAAUGCAACUUAAAAAAAAUACUUUUUACUGAUUUCAGAGAGAGCAAAAGAGAGGGGGAGAGAGAUAGAAAUAUCAAUGAUGAGAGAGAAUCAUCAAUCAGCUGCCUCCUGCACACCCCCCUGCUGGGGAUCGAGCCCACAACCCGGGCAUGUGCCCUGACCUGGAAUUGAACCGUGACCUCCUGGUUCAUGGUAAUUAUGUAUCUUGAUGGUUUUAUUUACUUAAAUGGGGUCAUACUGAUCUUCAACUUUUUUCACUUAGAAAUGCAUCUUGAGCCCGGCUGUGGCUCAGUGCUUGAGUAUUGACCUAUGAACCAGGGGGUCACGGUUCGAUUCCUGGUCAGGGCACAUGCCCGGGUUGUGGGCUACAUCCUCAGUAGGGGGUGUGCAGGAGGCAGCCGGUCAAUGAUUCUCAUAAUUAAUGUUUCUCUCUCCCUCUCCCUCCUCUGUGAAAUCAAUAAAAAUAUAUUUUUUAUAAAAAUGCAUCUUGGAUAUACUUCCACAUCAGGACAUAUAGAUCAAAUUCAUUGUUUUCUAACAGCUACAUAGUAUUCUAGAGUGUGGAUGGACUGUAAACUGUUAGGCCAAUCCCCAGUUUACCAGUUGGGGAGGGUCAUCUUUCACACCUUGACGUCAGUGGGCCAGUGCUUCUGGUGUCUGGGCUUUGGCCACUUCCAGCAGAAAAGAAUGGAGAGACCUUUGUCUUUUCCUCGGAGCAGGCUCAGCGAUUGGGAGCCAUCUGGUUCCUGAGUCAUAGCUGCCCUUAUGACAUCAUAGCUCCCCCCCCCGCCCACUCUUUCCCCAUGCCGUGGCUAGAGUAACAGACCUGAGGGGAUUUGAACCAUCUACACCCAACCCAUGUGGGACCAAUGGUAAGAGACAGAUGCAGGCUUUUUAGGGGUGUCCCCACAGGAUGAGGGGGCACCCUGACACCUGAAUACGCUGGGAGCCCCGGAAGCUGAGGACUGUGGGAUACUGAAGGGAGAAUCUCUCCAUCCCCCCAACUGCUGAUAGCAGGAGAUGGACCAGCCUGAGAACACUGACGAACGCCCCGAAGAGCCUCGGCCGCAGGGGGAGCCAACGGGCUCGCCCCCAGCACCGCGGGCCCUAGAGGCCAAGGCGGAGGCGAACAAUGCGAAUACAGUUGAGGCAAAGAAAGUGGAUAAUGCUAAUGAAGGACCCAAAAAAAUCUUACAACACAAAAGUAGGCCCCCCCCUCGCGACCCGGAAGUGGUGAAGAUCCAGGCCUGGUGGCGGGGCAUCCUGGUGCGCCGGUCGCUGCUGUUCGCGGCCCUCGGAGCCCUGACCAUCCAGCGCUGGUGGAAGCAGGUCCGCACGCGGGCGCUGGAGGCGCGGCGGCGGGCGGUGCUGGAGGCCUUCACGCGGAAGGAGUGGGCCGCGGUCAGGCUGCAGGCCUGGGUCCGCAUGUGGCGCAUCCGCCUGCGCUACUGCCGCCUGCUCCACGCCGCCCGCAUCAUCCAGGGCCAUUGGCGGUGCCGCCCCUGCGGCUCGCGGGGCUUCAUUAAGGGCCACUACCGCGUCACGGCCAACCAGCUGCACCUGGAGCUGGAGAUCGUGCUGGGCUCCGAGCCCUGCAUCGUGUCGGAGUGUAUUCCCCUCCCAGUAAAGCAGUGACGUCCGUCCGCCUGUGUGUCGGGCCAGCUCCGGAGGGCAGGGCGGGCGGCGGGCGCUCGGCGUCUCCUCCGCCCGCUCGGAGGAGGACUUGGAGCCCCUGCCGGACUGAGCAGAGGCUGGGAUUGGGGGGCGAGUUGGGGGCACAGG